GUUUUCAGUCAAGAGAGAAAAAGUGAAUCUCUCGCAAUUUAAUUAAAAUCUUAUAAUUACGGAAAACAGUUUACUAGUUUGUUAAUAAAUGCUGUUCAAGUUACAAAUCGCUCGUCAAGUGUAAAUUUUCGAGUGCAGCAAUGGAGUUAUACGUCUGGCAGAACCGCAGCAAAACUUCGACAAUUUACCAAGAAAAUUAAUCAGAAAAGGCUUAACUUCCUAAUUUUCCACUAUGCGAGCUUAUCCACCAUACACGAGUAAGAGGAAAAUUCAGUUGGUAAUUUCGAAUACUCCAUAUACAAUUUUAGCAAGACGGAAGCAACUUUUACUCAUACGCAUUGCCAUCGCUCUCUUCAUCAUCAUUUUUAUAGUCGUACAGCUUAAUGUAAUCAAUUAUGAUUUCCACCCGCCUUCUAAUACCGAAUCUUCUAGUAACAAUAAUGACACAACACAAGCUAUACUCCAAUCAAUUCCUCAAGUUCUUCACAAAUAUCUCAAGCCAAGGAAUAAUUCACAAGCUACAAACAGUAGUCAGGCCACAAACAACGAUAGGUAUCAGGCGAUUAAUAUAAGCGAUAUUCAACGGUCUAUUGAGCGAUAUAAUGAAUAUCAGACAAUAAUCAAUGAGGAUGUCUUUGGACCAUUGCAGAAUGACUCGAUCGUUAUUGUGGUGCAAGUUCACAAACGCAUAACGUAUUUGCGUCAUCUUAUAGUCAGCUUAGCUCAAGCAAAAGACAUUUCCAAGACAUUACUCAUUUUUUCACAUGAUUUUUACGAUGAAGAAAUAAAUGAUUUGGUGCAGAGCAUCGAUUUUUGUAAAGUUAUGCAAAUUUUUUAUCCAUUUUCUAUUCAAACACAUCCAAAUGAAUUUCCUGGUACUGAUCCCAAAGAUUGCAAACGAGAUAUGAAGAAAGAACAAGCGGCAAUUGUUAAAUGUCAAAAUGCUGACUUUCCUGAUCUCUAUGGACAUUAUAGAGAAGCAUCUUUUACGCAAACAAAGAAUCAUUGGUGGUGGAAAGCAAAUCGAGUAUUCGAUCAACUUGAAGUGACUAGAUAUCAUACAGGUUUAAUGCUGUUUCUAGAGGAAGAUCAUUAUGUUGCUGAAGACUUUCUCUACUUAUUAAAAAUGAUGCAAUUGAAGGCAUAUGAAUUAUGCUCAAAGUGUAACGUCAUGUCUUUGGGGACGUACUUAAAGACAUUCAAUUACUAUACAUACAACAACAAUCAUAAAAAGGAAAAAGCUUUAUUUGGAUCAUUUUAUGGCAGUAGUUUAAGCAACAAUAAUAAUGCAUUUCACUCGAAAAAUACUCAAAAUCAUAAUUCCUUAUCGAAUGGAGCAAAUUUGCGUGCAAAUCAUGUUGAAACGACAACAACUUUAACGUGGGCUUUUCAGGCGGUCCCGACCCUUUAUUCUGUUUAUCAGAAGGUUGAAGUGACACCAUGGAUAUCAAGUAAGCAUAACAUGGGAAUGGCAUUUAAUAGAAGUACAUGGCAUCAAAUUAAGAAUUGUGCAAAAUAUUUCUGUUCUUAUGAUGACUACAAUUGGGACUGGUCACUUCAACAUACUAGUCAUCAAUGUCUUAAAAAGAAAUUAUUUGCGAUGGUUGUGCGAGGACCACGUGUCUUCCAUAUUGGCGAGUGCGGGGUACAUCACAAGAAAAAUAAUUGCGAGUCAAAUCAAGUGAUAUCAAAAGUUCAACAAGUCAUUAGUGUUGCAACAAAAGCAGGUCAACUAUUUCCAAAGAAUCUGAUGUUAACGGUUGCGAGUGUUGUGAAAAAGCAAAAAAUUCGUAAAGGGAAUGGCGGGUGGGGUGAUAAAAGAGAUCAUUUACUGUGUCUCAAUAUGACAUUAGGUGUAAGAUAAAAUACUUCUUUUUUUCCUAGAGUUUAUGAAUGAGUAAGUUAUCCAUAAAAGUUAUUAUGGAACGAUUGAAAAGAUUUUUCUCUUAAUGUUGUGAUAAAAAAAGGAAGUAAUUAUGUCUGUAAGCUGUAAAAAAGAUGAUUUUAGAUAUUACUUUGGUUUUUAUAAUAUUUUUUAAUGAAAAGGAUUCAGGCAGGCACAGUAAGUGAUGUUUUUAAAAGUAAAAGAGAAUUCCAUAUUUAUGCAUUUUUCUAAUAAUUGCUGAACUUUUUGAAUGAAUUGUAAAAAAUUUGAUUUAGAGUUUAUGAAGUUUGCAUUGUUUUGAAGACCAUAUGAAUUGUUAAAAUAUGGAAUAGAUUGUUGAGGAUCUUACAAAAUGCCGUUUGAUCAGAACUCUCAAAUCAAUGCAAAUCGACUAAUUUAAAUUUAACCAAUUUAACCAAAAUUCUAUUUUAAACUUAUUUAUUUAUAAAAACCAAAACCAAUGAAACAAAGAAUGCAUCACAAUUUGAGGAAGUGAUGUUAAAAAAAUCCGUCUAGAAAAAAAUGAAAGCAUUUAUAUCAAUUUAAUGAACACUUGACAUUACUUUGAAUCAUCAGUAAUUUAGUAACAUGUAAUAUAUAGUUGGAUCUAGUCACAUGGAAAUUUCAUCUCAUAUCAUUUUAAAUGCGUAAAUAAUGAGCAAGAAUUAUGAAAAAAAAAAUUUCACAAAGUUUUCUUUCCAGUUAAUGAAACCUUGUUUUCCUUAAUUUGUUAUGUUAAAAAGGUAGUUUAAAAGAAGAAAUGAUUUCCAACCUCCAAUAAAUUUUAAGAGCCAUGAAUUAUUCAAUAGAACCAGAACGUUGAAUAAUCUGUUUAAGUUACCAUGUCAUAAGAAUACUAUGACUACCAUGAGAAGAAGCAGUAAUCUCAUAGUUUUAAUUAAAAUAAUUUUAUUUUUAAAGCAAAAAAGAUGGCAAAAACAUGAAGUUACCAAAAAAUAUGAUAAAGAGAUAUUACAUCACUUAAGCGAUAAAGCUCACUCGAGUGUAUAAAAAAAACAUCAAAAAUGUUUUUAACUAAAGAAAUGUUAGUAAAUAGGAUAAAAUUAAAUUAGCAUACAUUAUGUCACCCAACAAAAUAAUAAAUGAUACGCAAAGUAUGAAUAACAGUUGAUUGGUGACUAAUGUCCAUGAUGAUACGAUCUGUAAGAGAGAUCUGCUAUUCUAUGAUUCUUAAUAUUCUCUCUUCUGUUCUCUCAAGUUAUCCUAUGUAUAUUAUGUUUCCCAACACAUUCGCACGUAUGUCCAUAACUUUAUUUAAAAAUAAUAGCGAUUAUUUUUGCUGUUGUAUUUAUAUAUAUGCACAAACAGAUAUGAAGAAGUGUUAAUUUAAAGCAAACAUCAUCCGUUCCUCUCUCUCUAUGUUUUCUUUCAAAACAAUUGGGCAGUUCGCUAAAAUUGGAUAAUUUUUUAGAUCUCGAAAAUAUUGGAAUAAUAUUCAAAUCGGUGUUUGUAGAUUAGCUAGAAAAUCAGUUUAUAAUAUUAAGGUAAAUUGAAAGA